AUGAACCGCUUUCGUAAAAGCCAGACCCCAAAGAAUUCCGUAAAGGAUAGCAAAGUGCUAAGGAAACUAAGCCCAAUCGAAGGCUUCCAAGCUGCUGGGCAUUCACUACGUAUCUAUGUUGGAUGCGUGAUAGCUUGCCGCUACCAUGUAGCAGAGAGCUUCCAAGGUUCUACUGCUGAAUCAAAACUCGAGCAUAAACUUGAGCACGCAAUUGCGUGCGCUAUUGUUCAGCAUCCUCUUUUCACUGUUGGUCGAAUUAAUGAGGCGUCAAAGAAGCAAUAUUGGGUUCGACUGGACCACAUUGACUUCAACAACCACAUCACGUGGCAGACAAUCUCCGAGGGAGAGGACUACAAAACAGCAUUUGAUGCUGCUCUAGACUGGCAGGUCAAUGAACGGUAUACUGAUCUGGAGACGAGGCCCGGGUGGAGAGCAACAAUCUUGAAAUCUGCAAAAUGUGAUUACGUCGAUGUCAUCUUUGCUUGGGACCAUACAGUAGCAGAUGGGAAAAGUGGAGGAUUUUUUCACGACAGUCUCCUUGCAUGCCUCAACAAAGAGGCAGACAGUGAUGCUGUCAGCUUGAAAGACAGAUCUUUUAAAGUGCCAGUUACUGACUUGACGCCUCCACUGCAUCAUCUGCUCAAGCUCCCAGUUUCGCUGAACUUCAUCUUCUCUACCUUCAGCCAAGACUUAAUAUCGCAGUCGAAACCCGCCAAACCUGAAACCGCGGACUGGGCACCAAUUACAAUGGAGCCAUUCAAGACUCGUCUCAAAUCGACCACUCUUGCGAAUGAUGUUUUGAAGCCUGUAUUAGACGCUUGUCGCAAACAGGAAACGACAUUGACUGGGCUUUUGCAUAGCCUCAUCUCAGUAUCAAUGGCAACCCGCCUCGCCAAAGACAGAGCUCGCGCGUUUUCAUGCGGGACACCUGUUUGCCUGAGACAGUUCCAGCCACCAGGAAUGGCAACGGUGGACUUGAAAAAGACAGCUAUCAAUAGUGUAGUAUAUUGGCCUUACGUCUUCGAGCCAGGUCUUGUUGCGACAAUCAGGCAACAGGUUGACGAUGCUCAAGCGAAUAGUGAGCUAAACAAAAAGAUUGAGGACACAGUUUGGUCUGUAUCGAAGUCGAUAAGAGAAGGAUUGUCCGCCAAGUUGAAGCUUGGCCCUAAGAAUGAUACAAUCGGACUUGCCAAGUUUAUCACUGACUGGAAGUCAUAUCUCAAGGAAAAUUCCAAGACACGUACGCAUUCCUGGGAGGUUAGUAACCUGGGAGUCAUGCAAGGAGAAUUGCCAGGCGAUACUGUCACUAGGGACUGUUGGAAGGUGGAUAAUGCUACAUUUACCCAAAGCGCAUCUGUGACUGGACCGGCUCUGACUUUCAGUGUGGUUUCAGUCAAAGGUAGAGGCCUCACUCUUUCAUGUAGCUGGCAGAUUGGAGUAGUUGAUGAUGGGCUGGCUAAAGGUGUUUCCAAUGAUCUUGAAACGUGGUUAAAUGGUUUGGGUCGGAAUGGCUGUAUCAAUUUCACCAUGUGA